CAGUCUCUCAGUUCAACGCCGCAGCUGGUGGUGAGCGGGUGGAUCAUCAAGUUCAGGGGCCGCAGGCCAGGACUCGAUAUGGGUUAAAGGCAGCGCAGACGUCAGUGCCGGGCCAAACCAGAGCGGAGCACGUAAUAAACUCAGACUGGACAGCGGCUUUCACAGGAGCGGUGUUUAAUAUCUUCAGAGGGAUAGCGACUCCGCGUCCGAGCUGCUGAGGGAGCAGAGAGCGACCGGAGGGAAAUGCCGUUCACUGACAGGUGAUCGAGCGCCCGGUUCGGAGUCACAACGAGCCACAGACAAAGCAACAGCAGGGACGAUGCAAGCUGAUUCCACAGCCGAGUGCUCAGGUGACAGCACCCCGCCGGGCAGUCCCGGCCCCGCCAACACCGCCUCGGCCUCAGGACCCACCGACCUGGAGUGCGCCAUCUGCUUCUCGCCCUUCGACAAUGUCUUCAAGCUGCCCAAGCUGCUGGCCUGCGGACACACCUUCUGCCUGGAAUGCCUGGCCCGCAUCAACGUGUCCUCGGAGAACGUGAGCUCGGUGGCAUGCCCCUUCUGCAGGCACCCCACCCAGCUCCCCCCCGGCAAGGGUCUGCCCGCCCUCGACAACGACCGCUCCAUCCUCUCCCACCUGCCCUCCAGCAUGCAGACCGUCCCCUCCAUCCGCUUCAGCCGCGACAAGGGUCGGCUCUACACCAAGGCCCCGGAGCCGGGCUCCUUCCUGAAGCCCAUCAGCAGCGUCAGUCUGAGCCUGGACGUGGGCCAGCCCACGCUGAGGGGCCGGGGCCCCGGCCACAGCCUGCCCUUCCGCUCCAGCUGGUGCUACUACGUAGCCAUCGUCUGCGUCGUGCUGCUCACCGUCGCCCUGGUCUUCUCGGGUAUCUUCAUCUUCGUCAUCGUUCCCUCCCUCACCAGCGGAGGCUCGACUGUACCGAGGAACAACACCGGCCUCCAGUCCAGCUCCUCGGCCCCCUAACCCUACCCCCCAUCUCGUUCAACGGAGGCUGUGCCCCCGGCUCCCCCCGCCAGGGGCAAGGACUUCGACCCCAGCUCAGCCACACCUCCCCCCGCCUCGGCCGAGAUUUCGACCUCACCCUCAGUCCAAUCUGCAGCCCCACACCCCUUCCACCAGACUGGGACCUCUCGGACAGAAUCGACCACCAUUGGAGCAGAGGACUGCCGAGUGUAUAUGGACCCAGGGGCCAGUGCCAUGAACUGGGCCAGCUGUCAGAGGUGGCAUGGAAGGAGGUGCCAGGCUGUAGGUGGGCAAAGGGCUGCACACUAUUGGAAGGGUUUCAACAGAGCGGGGGGCAACAGAGAAGUUCCGGAGCUUUGGACCCAGUGCAUGGGGAGCUGAAGGCGCUGGCGCCUGUGGUGGAGUGAAUCCAGGCUCCAGAAUGAAGCAGAAUUGGUGAUAAUCAGAGGUCCCAAUGGGGUGGCAGAUUCAGGGCUCAGUGAAUGGGGGGGUAGA